CAGAAUAGAACAACAGAAUAGAAUAGCAACUAUUAGCUAUGUGGCUUUGUCUUUAAUAUUUUGGAGAUAUUAUUUUAAGGAGUGUAUACACACUAGGACAUUUCUGUUCGUCAUAAGUUGUAGAAAGAUGUUGAUACCAUCAUCAGCUUAAUUUUUAUAGGUUAUAUAGUGUAGUUAGUCUUAGUCAAGUUGUGGUUUAACCCUUGAUUAGUUACCAAACUAAUAACUGCCAGCAAUAUCACAAGUCAUCCAUUUAUUUACUUUUUAAAUUAUUCAUUAAUUUGUUUAUUUAUUUUGAAGUAAACCAGUUCUGAGAGUAACUGGUACAGAAGACUGGUGUAAUGACUGCUGAGGAUGAAAACCUGGACUCACUGCUCUCCUUAUUUGAAGAGAGUGAGGGUAAAGAGCCAGAGAAUUUCUCUUCCAAAGAAGAAGAUAACUUGGAUGGUCUGUUUGAUGAUGAUGAAGAAGGUGAAGGUUAUGUUGAACCGGAGGAGGACGAGGAUUUGACAUUGACGUUGGAGAACUCGGGCACAGGAAUGGAAAGUGAGCACAACAGAUCCAAAGAGGACCUGGAAGCUGAGUUGAGGAGCAUGCAAGAGAAGAUGCAAAAGCUACAGCAGCAGCUGGAGGCAUCACAAAAGUGUACAGAUGUCUCCCGGCCCAAACGUACAGAAAACAAUGUUUCCUCACAAAGGCAGACAAGCAGCAAGAGUUCACUGGCAACCCAGCAGAGCAGCAGGACUCUGACUUCACCUCAGCAGAGCAGCAGGGCUCUGACUUCACCUCAGCAGAGCAGCAGGGCUCUGACUUCACCUCAGCAGAGCAGCAGGGCUCUGACUUCACCUCAGCAGAGCAGCAGGGCUCUGACUUCACCUCAGCAGAGCAGCAGGGCUCUGACUUCACCUCAGCAGAGCAGCAGGGCUCUGACUUCACCUCAGCAGAGCAGCAGGGCUCUGACUUCACCUCAGCAGAGCAGCAGGGCUCUGACUUCACCUCAGCAGAGCAGCAGGACUCUGACUUCGCCUCAGCAGAGCAGCAGGACUCUGACUUCGCCUCAGCAGAGCAGCAGGACUCUGACUUCGCCUCAGCAGAGCAGCAGGACUCUGACUUCGCCUCAGCAGAGCAGCAGGACUCUGACUUCGCCUCAGCAGAGCAGCAGGACUCUGACUUCGCCUCAGCAGAGCAGCAGGACUCUGACUUCGCCUCAGCAGAGCAGCAGGACUCUGACUUCGCCUCAGCAGAGCAGCAAGACACCCCAGAGAGCAGCUGCAGUGUUUCCCUCACCCCAGUACUCGGCAGUAGAGCUGACUGGGAAAGUGCAGAGCAGACAGAGGACUGCACAUCAACCCAAAGCAGCCUCCCUGGAAAACCAGAGUUUUUUGGAUCAGGGUGUGAGUGACAGAUUGUCACAGCCAAUGAGAAGUAGCAGAACAGUCAACAACACAACGAGGUCACCACCAGCAAGCAAAAGUGCUGGUGUAGCCCCUCCCAUUGUAAGGCAGGCCACACCCCGACCAUCUGUCACUCAGGAUGUUACUGUGGAGAAAUUCUCAGGUCUCAGGCUUAGGAGACCUCGGCUGUCCUCAGUAGAAAUCGAACACAAAAUGGCUAACCGCAGGAUGAUCCGGCUUUCCCAGCUGCCCGAUCGAAUAGCUCGGGAAAAUCUAGAGGACAGUGACUGGGUCACAUUUGCUGUGCUGAUAAAUAAAAUCACCCCACAAAGCAAGAAUAAUGGGAAAACCUUCAGUAUCUGGAAGCUGAAUGACCUUCAUAACCUAGAUGUGAAUGUAUCACUCUUCCUCUUUGGGACUGUUCACACAGACCUGUGGAAGACUGACACUGGGACAGUGAUUGGUAUACUCAACCCCAAUCAAAUGAAGAACAAAGAUGGCUCCAGUGAGCUUUGCCUCACAGUUGAUCAUCCACAGAAAGUUCUGAUGUUGGGAGAAGCCAUGGAUUUUGGUACAUGCAAGGCCAAAAAGAAAAACGGGGAUUCCUGCACACAGCUAGUCAACUUGUAUGAAUGCCAGUACUGCCAGUACCACGUUAAAGCACAGUACAAGAAAAUGAGCUCAAAGAGGGCUGAGCUUCAGUCCAGUUACACAGGCACUGCCCCUCGUAAAAGAAAAGGCCAUGGAAGUUUACGGGAACGCCUGUGCCAAAGUGAGUUCCACUACGGGGGUCUGUCAUCACUUGCAUGUGCACCAUCAGUGACUGCCCCACAGCCUAAGAAACAGCCCUCAAUUCAGGCAGUUUUGGCUUCCAUCCCUAACAAGAAGCUUGCCAUCAGCUCAGGUGAGGUGACUGGUUGUUCCGAUGACUUUAGAAGCCUGAUGACCAUGCCUACACCAGGAGCUCUAAAUAUAAAGAAACAUCUAGGACAGUCUAAGACAAAAGAACUUUCUGGAUCAUCGAUUCAGUCCAUCUCUGCGGCUGAGCUCCUCAAGCAACAGAAAACACUUCACCAGCAAAGGUUUCAGGCCAGGCAGAAGAGGGCAGAGGAAAUCCAGAAGAGGGUGCUGCAAAACACAGGCGGUGCUGUGAUUCCACCUCGACCUUCCAUGAAUGGUGCAGUUCUGCCCUCACCAAAAGCAGCUUCAGAGGUUCCCAAAGGCUCCUCUCCACCCAAACCUGGCCUCUCCACCCCUCCUGUACCUGCCUUGGGACGAGGCUACACAGAGGGAGAGGAUAUUCUACUGGACAUAUCACCUCCUCCAUGCUCAAAAAGUAUUUCGGCUGCAAAACUGGCUGCAGUCAAAAAGCUCCAAGCCAAGGGAGUAGCACUUAUUAAAAAUGACCCUAACGCUGUGAAGCGAAAGCAACCCAACAGCAGUGACAUCACAGCCCGAGUGGAACGUAGCCUCGCCUCACCUGAAGGGGAGAAUAGAGCAGAGUGGGAGGCAGAGGAGCCAGCUCAGAAGAGGAGGCGUGAGCAGCUGGAUUAUAUCCAGUCUGACGAGUUUCAGCGCAUUUUGAAUGCCAAGUCUACAAACUCGUGGAUAAUGGGGGAGGUGGAAGAGAAGGUCAUGCACGAUUACUUUGAGCCACUUGUACAGAAAGAAAAGUUGGAAGAGAAGAUGAAGAGCAUCAAGGAGAUGAAGUGUCGAGCAGUCACCUGUAAAACUUGUAAGUACACACACUUCAAACCAGCUGAACGAUGUAUAGAGGAGAAACACGAUUACCAUUGGCAUGAUGCCAUCAAGCGUUUCUUCAAAUGCCCUUGCAGCCAAAGGAAGAUCAGCCUGAGCCGCUUCCCCACUGCAGCCUGCAGCAACUGUGGUGUGUUCAAGUGGGAGAGAGACAGCAUGUUAAAGGAAAAGAAUGGACCAAAAAUUGGAGGCGAGCUGCUGCUGCCACGUGGUGAAGAACACUCCAAAUUCCUCAAUAGUCUAAAAUAAAGCCAGCAGUCUUCCUGUUAUCUGAUUCCGUCCCCCAGCACUCCUCCUCUCACACGCUGCUCAGGGAGUCUUUAUUACAAUGCACAUUGUUGAAACUGGAAGCCUCUGUUUUCCCUGAGCCAGGCUAAGACUGAAGUGCUGUUAAUUUACAGAUUUUCAUAUCAGCAACUGAUGCCAGCUGUUUGUCUUGGUCUUUUUAUCUGUGUGUAUGUGAUGUAUUUUAUAAUGUGAUAUAUAUUUUAAAGCAUUUUUAUUGUUUCACUUCUCAAUUGUGUGGCUGUGAUGUAGUGCUUAAAUUAAACUAGCUUGACUACUCG